UAUACAUAUUUUAUUUUCCAGAUCAUGUUCACAGAAGAGGAUGUUAAAUUUUAUCUAGCAGAAUUGGCUUUAGCAUUAGAUCACCUGCACUCAGUUGGUGUCAUCUAUAGAGACCUAAAACCUGAAAACAUACUCCUGGAUGCAGAUGGCCAUAUCUCCCUCACAGACUUCGGCCUGUGUAAAGAAGCUUUGGAUGACCAGAAGGCGUAUAGUUUCUGUGGCACUGUAGAAUAUAUGGCACCAGAGGUCGUCAACCGCAGGGGUCACAACACAGCAGCAGAUUGGUGGUCAUUUGGUGUUCUUUUGUUUGAAAUGCUAACGGGAGCAUUACCAUUCCAAGGGUCAAACCGAAAAGAAACAAUGACAUUAAUUCUUAAAGCUAAAUUAGGAAUGCCACCGUACCUGAGUCCUGAGGCACAGUCCCUCCUCCGGGCACUCUUCAAAAGAAAUCCAGCCAACAGAUUAGGUGCAGGUCCUGAGGGUGUAGAUGAACUAAAGCGACACCCAUUUUUUGCCUCUAUUGACUGGAACAAGUUAUUUAAUAAGGAAAUAGAACCACCUUUUAAGCCUGCAGUUUCCAAAGCUGAUGAUACCUUCUACUUUGAUCAAGAAUUCACCACAAGAACACCUAGAGAUUCUCCAGGUGUUCCUCCAAGUGCCAAUGCUCACCAGAUGUUUAAAGGCUUCAGCUUCGUAGCACCUUUCAUAUUAGACGACCAAGUUGAUGGCAUUGAAAUAAUGCAGUCACACCCGGCAGAGAAAACAACACUUAGCAAGAGAUUAUCAGGAGUAAAAGCAAAUAGUAUACACGAUGAAUACGAUCUCUCAGAAGAGGUGGGAAGAGGCAGCUAUAGCAUUUGUCGUCGUUGUGUCCACCGUGUAACCAGGCAAGAAUAUGCUGUUAAAAUUAUACCCAAGAAGACUCGGGACUGUCAAGAGGAGAUAGAGAUACUUUACAGAUAUGGCCACCAUUCUAAUAUAAUUUCUUUAAGAGAUGUUUAUGAAGAUGAAUCUCACGUUUUCCUGGUGAUGGAACUCAUGAAGGGUGGGGAGCUCUUAGACAAGAUCCUGCGGCAGAAAUUCUUCUCUGAAAGGGAAGCAUCAGCUGUGUUGCUUACCUUAACAAAUGCCGUCCAGUACUUGCACCAAAAUGGGGUAGUUCACAGGGACCUAAAGCCCUCAAAUAUUAUGUAUGCAGACAUCUCGGGAAGUCCAGAGUCAUUGAGGAUAUGCGACUUUGGAUUUGCCAAACAGCUUCGUGCAGAGAACGGGCUUCUCAUGACUCCAUGCUAUACUGCCAACUUUGUUGCACCAGAAGUGCUAAAGAAGCAAGGCUAUGAUGCAGCCUGUGAUAUCUGGAGUUUAGGGGUGCUCCUCUACACCAUGUUAGCAGGGUGAGUACUUCUUUAUUAA